GCAAAACUUGGCAUCGCUUCUGACUGCUUCGCUUAAAAGUUUUAAAAAUGCUAAUUUUAAGUACAAAUAUAGUCCUCCGCCACGCGUGCCUUGUAAAAUUGUGUAAACUGAUCUAUAUAGGAUUCUUGGUCGACACAGUCCUGUGCGCACGGGGCAGCAGAGGACGAACGACAGAAAAACAAAGCGACGCGGGAGUAACAGAGUGAGAGGAUGCGGCGUUAGCAAAGCCUACUGUCCGAAGCUUCAAAUAAAUAGAAUAAAAAUGAAGUUGUACUGUCUGUCUGGUCAUCCCACGUUGCCUUGCAAUGUCCUCAAGUUCAAAUCCACCACUAUCAUGCUGGACUGUGGUCUGGACACCACGUCUGUCCUCAACUUCCUGCCUCUUCCUCUCGUGCACAGUGCAAGACUCUCCAAGCUACCUGGUUGGAUUUCAAAAGAUGGAACAGUAAACCUGGAGAAGGAGCUGAAAGAAUGUGCAGGAAGAGUGUUUGUGGACUCACAGCCAGAGUUCUGUGUUCCAGAGAGAGAACUGCUGGAUCUGUCUACGAUCGAUGUCAUCCUAAUCUCCAACUACCACUGUAUGAUGGCCCUGCCCUACAUCACUGAGCACACAGGCUUCACAGGGACAGUGUACGCCACAGAACCCACCCUACAGAUUGGCAGACUAUUGAUGGAGGAACUGGUGAACUUUAUGGAGAGAGUUCCUAAAGCCCAGUCUGCCACCUGCUGGAAGAACAAGGAAAUACAAAGGAUUCUGCCAGGCCCACUGAAGGAUGCAGUGGAUGUGUGGAUAUGGAAGAGAUGCUACAGCAUGCAGGAGGUCAACUCUGCUCUUAGCAAAGUACAGCUUGUGGGUUAUUCACAGAAAGUGGAGUUGUUUGGAGCCGUGCAGGUCUCCCCGUUGAGUUCUGGGUACUCGCUGGGAAGCUCAAACUGGAUCAUCCAGUCUCAUCAUGAGAAAGUUUCUUAUGUGUCAGGUUCUUCUCUCCUCACGACUCAUCCACAGCCGAUGGAUCAGAGCUCCUUAAAGAACAGUGACGUCCUGAUUUUGACCGGUCUCACCCAGAUGCCCACCGCCAAUCCAGAUGGCAUGCUGGGAGAAUUCUGCAGUAAUCUUGCCAUGACAAUUCGUGCGGGAGGAAAUGUGCUGGUGCCGUGCUACUCCUCAGGAGUUAUAUAUGACCUGCUGGAGUGCCUGUACCAGUUUAUUGACAGCGCCAACCUGGGGACUACGCCUUUCUACUUCAUCUCACCGGUCGCCAAUAGCUCGCUGGAGUUCUCUCAGAUCUUUGCUGAAUGGCUGUGUCACAACAAGCAAUCAAAGGUGUAUCUUCCAGAGCCUCCUUUUCCCCACGCAGAGCUGAUCCAAACCAACAAGCUGAAGCACUACCCCAGUAUUCACGGAGACUUCAGCAGCGAGUUCCGUCAGCCCUGUGUGGUUUUCACUGGUCACCCGUCUCUACGCUUUGGUGACGUGGUCCAUUUCAUGGAGCUGUGGGGAAAAUCCAGCCUCAACACCAUCAUCUUCACUGAACCAGACUUCUCCUACCUGGACGCUCUGGCUCCUUACCAGCCGCUGGCUAUGAAGUGUGUCUACUGCCCCAUUGAUACACGACUCAACUUCCACCAAGUAUCAAAACUGCUCAAGGAAGUCCAGCCUCUUCAUGUGGUGUGUCCAGAGCAUUACACUCAGCCUCCAGCAACUCAGUCCCACCGCUCUGACCUGAUGCUGGAGCUGCAGCCGCCUCCAAUGCCCUACAGACGCUGCUCUGUUCUCAACCUGCCCUUCAGACGCCGCUAUGAACGCGUCUACAUACUGCCUGAGCUGGCAAACUCCCUGGUGCCAUCUGAGAUCAAACCCGGCAUCUCUGUUGCAACCGUGUCUGCAGUUCUUCACUCUAAGGACAACAAGCACACACUACAGUCGAUCCCUAAGCCCCCUCCAGUUCCUCCUAGCAAGAAGAGGAAGCGUGUGAUGGAGGAGCCUCCAGUGACACCGGCCCCCAAACCUCUGCUGAGCGGAGCUGUGCCCCUGGAAGCUUUCCUGACCACGUUACAAAAGCAUGGAAUCACGGAGGUAAAAGUGGAGGAGACGGCAGAUGGGCACAUUUUGCACUUGCAGGCAGAGGACACGCUGAUUCAGCUCGAAGAGGACGGCACACACAUCGUCUGUGACAACAAUGAGCCGCUGCGCACCACACUGAGGGACCUGGUGCUCCGCUUCCUGCAGAAACUUUGAACUUUGCCUUUUUUUAGUAUUUAAGUGUUGGACUAUGGACUGUCCCCAUGUUACAUAUAUAACAAUGUAACAUUUAUUGUGUUUACUGUAAACAUGUUCAUUUUUUUGUAAAAUUAUAUUUUGUAUUGAAACAUU